UCCAAUUUACUGGCGCAGUAAAGAAGAAAAGGGAUGGUGCCCUGAACGAAGGAGCUGAAAACAGAGGCGGGGAUUUCCAGAUGGUUCCUGUUAACAAAGUAAAGAAUUGGAGGAGAAGGGGACGAGUGAGGAUGCACACUUGGAUACUGGUACCGGUCAUUUUGUCCUACGUCUCUCCAGUUUUGGCCUUUGAGGUGAUCUGCAAGCCAAAGUACCUUCAAACGCCUGUUGGGUACAAUACAUCACUUAGAUGCUUCUGGAAAUGUGAGAGUAAAUGUGCUGCAGAAAGAAUCAUCUGGUCAAAAGAUAACCGCAUACUUCAGGCAUAUCCACCACUUGAAAAUCAGAAUAAUACAACAGCAGAUGACCGAUUUCAGUUUAUGUACCAGAAUAUAGAAAAUGGGAAUUUUGUUCUGAACAUUGAACAUCUUCAAAUGUCAGAUACAGGAACCUAUGAGUGUACGCUUAUCAGCGAUGGAGACCAUCAUGAGGGGAACAUAUAUUUGCAAGUGUCAGAUCCAAACCAGAAAUUUGAAGUGGCGAUUUGUUAUGAUUUUUUAGGGACUAUAAGGUUUAUUGGUAAAGUCUUGGUUGUUAUCUUGGCUAUUGUAUUACCCGUGUUGGCCUGUGUACUUUGGAAAAAAAAGUUAGGAUGCAGUUACUAUUACAAGGAAAUGAAAUUACCAUACUCUGGUGAUGUAGAAGAUAAUAUCUCUAUAGGCUCAGUUUCUUCCAAGUCUGAGCUGAUUAAAAAAGUCUAAAACAUGACUGGACAGAAGUAGCAUGAAGCUCUCCACAUUCCUUCUCAGCUACACCAUCGCUACAUGGACUCCUGGGUCUGGCUAAAACUAGAAGAUUAAUCCAAAAUAACGUCUACACAAAAGACAUUUACACUUGCUGUUAUCAAGACCCAAGUACUGCAAGGUAUCAUGAGGCACAGGUUCAAGUAAGUAUCUUGUUGAACUGGGCAGAAGAAAAAAGGAGGAAUGACCGGAGAGCUGCAGAUCUUCGACUGUUAACAAGAAUGAGACAGAAAGGAUUAUCUUAUUCUAGAAUAUUGCCAAACCUUGCUACCAGCUUGUUUUGGUCAGGGUUGCAGUUUGCACUAAUGGCCUGCAUCAUUGCACUUCUCAAUCUGAUAGAGACAUUUUGGGAAGAGGUGGAAUAAAUGGUUUAGUGAUAGCAAAUCCACCAGUCUCGCUUGAUGCGAUUGUGAGGCAUGGAUCAAAAUCCCCCAAAAUAUGUUUUCCCACACCUUACUGAAUCCAUGCCUCUGAGAAUUAACGCUAUUGUAAGGGUAAAUGGGGUUUGUACGUAUUGCUAGAUAAGUGAACCUAACACAAUGACCAUUGUAUAUUACAUGUGGGCCCCUUCGCUAAUUAUUUUACAAUCUAUGCUUCAAUGCUCUUCAAAAGUUUUUAAAACAAUAAGAAAUAUGUGUAUAUUUUUGAUUAAAGUUUUUAGAAACUGG